AAAGCUUCAUUCGGUCAUAACAAUUUCUGUUAUAAAUCAAACAAUCAUAACCGUUUUUCAGUUCAUCGUCUCACCUGCAACAACACUCAUUCCGCCAUUCUUAGGAAACAACAAGGUUUAGGGGUUAAUUCAAGCGAAAUGGAUCCGGAACCAAACAGAAACAGUGACAGUGACAGUGAAGAGAAAAAAGAUCCAAAAAUUACUGAAGCUAUGAAGGAAAAAGCAAAGGGUAAGAGGCCCAUGGAAGAAGAAGAAGUAGCUCUACCGUCAUCGGACUCUGAUCUGGAACAGAUAACCAACAAGACUGGUGGUAUUGUGAUUAACGAAGUAAGAAGCACGACCGUCGUUGACGCUUCUGCUAAUGCAUCCAAAGGAAAAGCACUGACUGGUUCUGAAAGAAGCAAGGGAAAAAAGAGAGAAACUGUGGUUAAGAGCUCUUAUUCUUUAAGAUCGCGUGACAAAGGGGUGAUGGAUGUUGAUGCUAAACCAACAAAGGGAAAGAGGGGUAAGAAGCGAAAAGGGAAAGAGUUGAAAAGACUUGUUGUGGAAAGUAAAGAAAGACUCAAGAGGCGGAGAGACAGAGAUGAUGAUGAGAAAGAUGAUAAGGGUGGAACUGGAGCAUACGCAACUCGAUCAAGUACUAAAAAGACCAAGGGAAGAUCCCUUUAGAAGUUUCUGAUCAAGUGAUAAAAGAGAAAGGUAAGGUCUGUUUAGGAUAUUGUUGGUUGUGUAGUAUUUUGUCUGAUCUAAAUGUUGUUGUUUCUUUAGUUUUUGAAUCUGGAUAAAAGUUUGAGACGCAUGAUGUGCAUAUUCAACUGUA